GUUAAGCAAAUGGACAAAUAUAGUGGUUGCAAAAAUGAUCGUGGUGGACUUCCGAGGGUGAAACUAGUCGAAUCUCGAUAUAUGAUAAAAAGGUACGGAUCUUUAUUUAUGACUAUAUAAUUUUUUUUUCUUCACUGGUGCAAGAUAACAGCAUACCUUGCAUCGACUCAAACAUGUCUAAGGCAUCAAGAUACUCUGGAGAUGAUAUAUGGAAGAAUAACGUUGAGAAAAUCAACUCGGAGUUGUUCACAUUAACCUAUGGGUCGUUGGUUGCCCAAUUGUGUAGGGAUUUCAAUAAUAAUUAUCAUGAGGUGAAUAAUCAAUUAGAUAAAAUGGGAUAUAACAUUGGAUUAAGAUUAAUUGAAGAGUACUUGGCUAAAACCGGUACUCAAAGAUGUUCAUCAUUUAAAGAGACUUCAGAAAUGAUAUCGAAAAUUGGAUUCAAAAUCUUUCUUAAUAUCAUACCAACGGUUGAAAAUUGGUCAAACGAUGGGAAAUCAUUCUCUUUAAUCAUUUACGAUAAUCCUUUAGCUGAAUUUGUAGAACUACCAUUGUCAAAUGAUAACAAGAUCACUAAAGAGUUAUGGUAUUCUCAAAUAUUAUGUGGGAUUUUAAGAGGGUGUUUACAAAUGGUUCAACUUGACGUUGAUGCUUAUUUUUUGAAAGAUACUUUGAGAGGAGACGAUAAAACUGAACUCAGAGUUAAACUAAAUAAAUACUUAAAGGAUGAGGUCCCUGCUGGUGAAGAUUAAUUCUUAUAUAGAAAUAUAUAUCU